AUGAGGUUAGGGUAUUGUUAAGAAGCUGAUAAUGCCACAGCACACCAGAGAAAUUGGCAAAAAAAAUGUUUUCCUUCUAUAUUUUUGCAGACACCUGGAUAAAAAAAUGGCAUCCCCGGAAAUGAUGAGAGGUAAGUGUUCCUUAAAUCUGUUGUAAACUCAUAGGUAUUCACAAAAGUGACAUUAAUGUCAUUUUAGGGAGGAGAAGUUGUGUGCGUUACAAAUGUGGCCAACUCAACACCAUACAGGAUGUCCUGCGCCAGAGACCAGGCUGGGUUGAGGUCAAAGAGUGAGAGGCUAGUCUUUUGUUGUCCCAUUUCCUUCUCUGCCAUAUUUGUGGCUUGCAUCUAAUUUCUGCUGUUUUUUGUUGUUGUUGUUUUGUUUGUUUGUUUUUAAGUGACGGAGAGUGGGAUUUUAACUGGUGUGAUGUGGGCUGGCUCAGUGAGAAUUUUGAUAACUCUUAUCUGGAGGAGCAUGUCAGGGUAAACCACUUCCGUAACCAUUAUGAGGUGAGAUGCCAUCAGAUAAGAGCUUUUAACAGCAGCACCAAUUUUGAAUCAAAAACUGACUGGACCCUUUUUCCUUGUCUCGGUAUUUUAUUUUACAGCUGACUCGCAAAAACCUCAUGGUGAAAAACCUCAAGAGACACUGGAAGAAUCUUGAAAGGGAUGAUGGCCAUAGCGAGGCAUCCAAAUGUGAUUUUUUCCCCUGCACUUUUGCACUGCCCAGCGAAUACGAUCUCUUUGUAGAAGAGUUCAAAAGAAGCACUGGCAGUACCUGGAUCAUGAAGCCGGUUAGCUAAAGCAGCCCACAGAUAUUAGAUCCAGUCUUAAAUCCAGCUUGGAUGACCCCUGGAGUAAAGUUAAGUCAGUGUCAAAUUCCAUUCGAGGCAUGAAAAUUAACCAGUAUGUUUUUAUCAGGUGGCAAAAUCUCAAGGAAAAGGCAUUUUCCUGUUCAGGAAACUGAAAGACAUAAUAGAUUGGAAGAAGGUAAGGUGUACUUAUUGAAAACAGACAGUCUGCGAACAGGAACAAAUCUUUUAGUCUGAUAUUUGGGUGUUGAUGCAGGAUGGUACCCGUUCAGAGGAACAGAAGGAUGCAGUUCAAGUGGAAAAUUAUGUGGCACAACGCUACAUAGAGAACCCCUAUCUAAUCAAUGGUAAGAUGCUCAUGAAAAACAUACACAUUUUAAUGUUUAUCAUUUAAACAAAAUUAUAUGACCAAAUAACUUAAUACAUCUCAUAUUUGAGAAAUUGUGAACGGAUAGAAAGGUGAGCAAAGAAAACUUCUUAUCUGUACUUAAAUUCUGUUUCUGUUUUGUUCUGUUUUUCUCUCCUCAGGCAGAAAAUUUGAUCUAAGAGUCUAUGUACUGGUCACAUCAGUAUGUACUAAACUUUAUCUCGAAGUCUUGAACAAUAUAUAAAAUGUCCUCUACACAUGAAUGAGUGUUUGUUGUUUUUUCAGUAUGCUCCUUUGAAGGCCUGGCUCUAUCGAGAUGGUUUCGCCCGCUUCUCAAACACCCGCUUCUCCCUCAACACCAUUGAUGACAAGUGUAUCCUUUUGUUGGUGUCAACAUUCAGUUUUUUUUUGUUUGAUGUUUUUGUUGGAGUUAUUUUCUCACUAUAAGAAUAUGUCAUUAAAGCCCCCACAUUGCACUUAAAACCCUCUUUCAGAUAUGCACCUCACCAAUGUGGCUGUUCAGAAAACAGCGCCAGAUUAUGACCCGGAGAAGGUAUAACUUUUGAGUGUCUUAAAUAAUACAUAAAGAUCCAUGCUUCUGCAGAUUAGUGUCAGUUUCCUGAAAAUGCCCUUCCUUUUACAGAUUCUACCUCUUUGUUUGUUUUUUUCUAAUUCAUUCAGGGAUGCAAGUGGCAGAUACAGCAACUACGGAGAUAUCUGACUGCAAAACAUGGCAGAGAGACAGUGGAAACCCUGUUUAAAGAGAUGGAUAAUAUAUUUGUCUGCAGUUUACAGAGUGUACAAAAGGUCAUCAUAAACGACAAACACUGCUUUGAGCUCUAUGGUUACGACAUCCUACUGGAUGAGAACCUUAAACCGUAAGUGUUUGUAUGGUCUAAACACACAUAGGUGUGCUUAUUUACAAGCAAGCAGAGAAAAAUACAUGCAGAGACAAGCAAACAUGACACAAGCUUGACUUGCCCUUCCUAAAAAACAAAGCAGUAAAUCUGCUUGUGUUUGACUCCAAAAAUUACCAUGUACAAAUAGUCAUAAAUCUGCACAGCAUAUUUGUACAUCUGACAAGAAUGCAGUAAUCCUGCUGUCAAAAAAAGUAACACACCCACACCACACUUCAGACAGCACCUCUCCAAAAUUCAGUUUGUGAACUUAUUGAGCUUGCUUUUCCUCUUAGAUUGGCUUAAUGUCGACCCAAAUGCUAAGUAAAUGUUUGGUGAAUGUCUUCACCCACCAUCUCUUUGCAGGUGGUUAAUUGAGGUGAAUGCCUCUCCAUCACACACACCGAGUAGUCAAGAGGAUUACGAGAUGAAGUGUCGGCUGCUGGAGGACACUUUGAAUGUUGUUGAUAUGGAGGCAAGGUAAAGAAAUCUUUCUCAUCAUGUUUUCCCUUCAGAGAAAAAAGUGUGACACAUUGUUUUAUUCAAUAAUCAUUACUCUCUUAUAAUUUUAAACUGCAAGUUUUUGGGCAAAAGUUAUGGUGAAUCUGAAAGUAAAGAACAAAGGUGGAUAGAAAAACUUUUGACAGAAACUUACAGAUUGUAUCAUUACAACUCUCACCUUUUUCUGAAGAGUACAAGGUGCUGUUCAAGAAAUGAUUUUUCAUUUUUUUCAAUUAUCUUUUUCUACUUUAGCCACAUUGAUGCUGUGUCCUGAUUUCCUCUGUUUUUCUUCUUUUUUUCCUCUGUUGUUUUCUUUUUUAGGCUGACUGGCAGAGAGAAAAGGGUGGGUGGUUAUGAUCUCAUGUGGAAUGAUGGGCCUGUCUACAGAGAGGAUGUCAACAUGGAAACAUUUGGCAUUUCAUGUUUUACAGCCAACACCCACUUAGGUAACAAUACCGUGCUGCCAAUUAAAAAUUCCCUUUUUAAGAAAAAAAAAAUGCUAUGGUAUUGUUAUGAACAUACCAAAAAGGGAAAUAACUGAUCAUGUCUGCAAAUAUAUGCCUGUUUCUUGCAGGGUGUGCGAAUGACAGAGAUCAACAACUUCGCAGGCUCCUUAAACCAUUCCCUGGCCAGAGGAGGAUGUAA